GUGGAGAGGGGAGGGACUCAGGGCGCAGCUCCAUGGGGCCGCCGCGGCGCUGCGACCUUCUGCACAUGGAGCCGGGGAGAGUUGGAAGAACUUCAUACUGCAAACUCAAGGAAUAGCAGAGUACUUGCAUCGCAUGGAGACAGAGGAGGCCCAGGAAAUGGCCCAGAUGCCAGGCAGGGACAGCCCCCCCACCAACGAAGCGUCCGAGGAGGCAGAAGAGGCCAUGGCCGUCCCUGAGGACCUGUCAGCCGGCUCCACCCACCAGCAGAACAACAGAGGGGACAAAGCCUGUAACAUUAAAGUUGAGGCUCGCAGUGAUGAGGAGAAUGGGCUGGCCUGUGACAUGAAUGGCAUGGAGGAGGAGGAGUGUGCGGAAGACUUGCGCGUGAUCGAUGCCUCGGGGGCCAAGGUGAACGGCUCACAGCCGAGCCCCGAAGCCAAGGCCUUCUCCUCGGCCGGCGGUAUCCGGCUGCCCAACGGGAAGCUCAAGUGCGAUAUCUGUGGGAUAGUUUGCAUUGGCCCCAAUGUGUUGAUGGUGCACAAGCGAAGCCACACUGGAGAACGUCCUUUCCAGUGCAGCCAGUGCGGUGCCUCUUUCACCCAGAAGGGUAACCUCCUCCGCCACAUCAAGCUCCACUCAGGGGAAAAACCCUUCAAGUGUCACCUUUGCAGCUAUGCGUGUCGCAGGAGGGACGCCCUCACUGGCCAUUUACGCACCCACUCGGUUGGAAAACCCCACAAGUGCGCCUACUGUGGGCGGAGUUACAAGCAGCGCAGCUCCCUGGAGGAGCACAAGGAGCGCUGCCACAACUACCUCCAGUGCAUGGGGCUGCAGAACAGCAUCUACACAGUAGUAAAGGAAGAAAGCAACCAGAAUGAGCAGAGGGAAGACUUAAGCCAGACGGGAUCUGACAGAGCCUUGGUGCUAGACAGACUAGCUAAUAAUGUAGCUAAACGUAAGAGCACUAUGCCACAGAAGUUUGUAGGUGACAAACGUCUGUCAGACCUCUCCUACGACGGAGGAGCAGGCGAGCUGAUUCAGCCCCACGUCAUCGACCAGGCCAUCAACAGCGCCAUCAGCUACCUGGGGGCCGAGUCGCUGCGGCCUCUGGUCCAGACCUCCCCAGCCUCCUCUUCUGAUGUGGGCCUCAGCUCCAUGUACCCUCUCCACAAGCCGGCGCCCGAGGGCCACACGGGGACAGGCCACAGCUUGUCAGCCAAAGACAGUGCAGCUGAGAACCUGCUGCUGCUCUCCAACUCCAAGUCUGCCUCCAGCGAGAAGGAUGGCUCGCCCAGCCACAGCGGCCAGGACUCCACCGACACCGAGAGCAACAAUGAGGAUCGUCCAGGCGGGGCGGCACCCGGCCUCAUCUACCUGACCAAUCACAUCACCUCGGGGGUGAGGAACGGCGUGCUCCCUCUGGUGAAGGAGGAGCAGCAGAGGCAGUAUGAGGCCAUCCGGGCCAGCAUGGAGAUGGCCUCCGAGGGCUUCAAGGUGGUGACGGCGGACGGGGAGCAGGUGAGGGCGUACCGGUGCGAACACUGCCGCGUUCUCUUCCUGGACCACGUCAUGUACACCAUUCACAUGGGCUGCCACGGCUUCAGAGACCCCUUCGAGUGCAACCUCUGCGGUCACCGGAGCCAAGACCGAUACGAGUUCUCCUCUCACAUAACGCGAGGGGAGCAUCGCUACUGAGCCCCGUCCACACACACUUUCACACAAACGGGUGUAUAUAUGGAAAAAACACACACACUCACUCAUAGACAUGCACCUUCAACAAAUGCAUAGAAAAAACAAAAUGUAAAAGAUGCUGUUGAUGUCUGAGAGUUGUGUUUUUUAUACAAAGGAUGCAUGUUUGUUGAACACAGAUAAAUGUAUACAAUUAUUAAAAAAUCCAUUAUUUUCCUUUCAAAUACCAUGCGAAAAAGAAAGAGUAGUUAUUCAUUUGUCUUUUAUAAAGGAACAAAAUAUUGUCCAGUGGAGACGACACAGCUGAGGUUCUGUGCCACUUUAUACUUAAGUUUAACUCAUGUCUAUACAGUUGCCACAUGUAUAAAAUGUAAACGUGACUUUUCUUUUGGAAAACCAGGCAGCAACUUUUUUCUAGUUUUGAAAUAGAAAAGAUUUCUAUCCUUUUAUUUACACAUCUCUGUCGUGAACUGAAAAUGUCCAUAAAAGAUUCUCCUCUGCAGCUGUUUUCAGUACAGGAAAACCUACUUUAAUGUCGGUCUUAAAUGCAAUCAAUAAAAACGUAACAAUCAGUGUAGAUAACCUCAUAUUGCCUUCCAAAGUGUCAACCUGUUCUUGUAUUUGUAACAACCUACAUAUUAUUUAUAUCACAUUUACACUCCUGUCUGUUUUUGUAUUUAUUAUAAUGAUUGUUGUUUGUCUCUAGGGUAGUUAAAAAAAGUUGCAUUUUUUUUUUUUUUUUUCUGUUCAACUGUACUUAAUGUAUUUGAGGUGAAAACAUGACUGCUGCUGGAAGCUACAUUUGGUUUUAUCAUGGGAAAAUGUUAUCCUGGCCUUUUUGUUUCAUACCUGAUGGCUAAGAAUUGUCUAACUCGCAAAAUGAAAGUGAGCCAUUUGAA